AUGAACAACAGUGAGAUAGUGGUGACUGAGUACAUUUUGCUUGGUCUCUCCAGCUCUCCUGUAGCUCAGACCAUCUUCUUCUGGAUUGUUCUGGUUAUCUACCUCAUCAGCUUAAUGGCGAAUGGUCUGAUGGUUAUACUGAUCAUUACUGACUCCCACCUCCAUACACCCAUGUACUUUUUCCUCAGCAACCUCUCCUUCCUCGACAUUUGCUUCACCAGCACCACCCUUCCACAGGGCUUGGUUACUUACACCACAGAGAGAACAUCCAUUUCCUUCAUGGGCUGCAUGGCCCAGAUAUACAUUGGCCAGUAUUUAGGCACCACGGAGUGUGUCCUCCUGGCUGUCAUGGCAUACAACCGCUUUGUGGCCAUAUGCAGCCCUUUACACUACACAGUGAUCAUGAGUUGGAAAAUUUGUGUCCAAAUGGCCAUUGGAACUUGGGGUGCUGGUUUUAUCCUGACCCUCAUCCCUACCGUCACAGGCCCUAAAUGGUUCUGUGGCUCUAAUAUAAUCAACCACUUCACUUGUGAAGCCCAAACAGUUAGCAAGCUGAUCUGUGGAGACACCCACUUUAGUGAUAUUGUCUCUUUUAUCAGAGGCGUACUGGCCCUUAUUGUACCAUUUACUUUUAUCUUGGUGACAUAUUUGAGAAUCAGCCUGGCAGUUUGGCAGAUCUUUUGGCAGAUCCAUUCUGACCAGGGCUGGAGCAAGGCUGUUUCUACCUGUAGCUCCCACCUAGUUGUUGUUGGCGUCUUCUAUGGUUCAGCCAUGUCCAUGUACCUUCAUCCAAAAUCCAAGUACACCCCUGACAGGGAACAGAUGAUCUCUCUUCUCUAUGAUGCUGUGACUCCUAUGCUCAGUCCUCUGAUAUAUAGCUUGAGGAACAAGGAUGUGAAAGAGGCACUGUGGAAACUCUUUGGAGGAAAGCGAUCUGGACAUUAA